AUGAAAGGGAUAAAUCCUAACACAUUGCUACUACAAAGUUUCAGUCAGUUAAAAUCAUUACCAUUAAAGAAUACGAGUAAAAAAUCAACUAAACAAAAAAUUGAUGUCAUUAAAACUCUUAGGGCUAAAAAUAAGAGUUAUACAAGUAAAAUCACAAAAAAAUCAACUGAACAAAAAACCGAUGUUGUUAAAACUCUUAGGGCCAAAAAUAAGAGUUUAGAAAGUAAAAAUAAGAGUUUAGAAAGUAAAAAUAAGGGUUUAGAAAGUAAAAAUAAGAGUUUAGAAAGUAAUAAUAAGAGUUUAGAAAGUAAAAAUAAGAGUUUAGAAAGUAAAAAUAAGAGUUUAGAAAGUAAAAAUAAGAGUUUAGAAAGUGAAGUAAAAAAGUUGAAAGCUGAAAAUAAGAAAUUGCAAAAUAAAUGUCAAAAGAGUUUUCCUUCUAAUAGUGUUUCAACCUUUUCAAAUGUAAAAAUUGGAAAGGACUUUGAAAACGAAAUUAGUAGGAAUCUGGGUUUUAAAGGAAUUAUUUGUACCGUCAUCGAUGCGUUGUCUUAUUUUCAUGGUUUAUGUCAUCAAGUUGUAAUUACCAACGAAAAAGAAAUUUAUCAAUCUAUCAUUAACAUGAUCCCUUAA